ACACAAAGAAGCCAUCACGAAAACGAAGCAACCCUUUCGUGGAGCAAAAAGAAACGAAAAAUCGAAAGUGGUCGGACGGAAACUCUUUCCAAGCAGGAAAAAACUCUUCUUUCGGUCCGUAAAUUUCAGUGAAACAUUGUGGAAAAGCUAAAAUUCUGGAAGUGUAAACGCUGUUCCGCCAUCAAGAAGCGUUCCAAACAUCCGUUUUCCGUGAAAGGUAUGAGCGAUAGAAAAAUCAAGAAAGACGAAACAAACAAGGAAAUCAUCAACAUGAGUGAAGCAGCUGGAAUAUUGGAUCGCUUUGUUGGCGAUGUCAGCAAGAAAUCGGCGACCAAACAAAUCCUCAUCGGUGCCGGAAGUGGAUGGGCCACCGGCUACAUUACAAUGAAGGUUGGAAAAUUGGCAGCAAUUGCCGUUGGUGGUGGAAUAAUCCUGCUGCAGAUUGCCAACCAACAAGGCUACAUUCAGAUCGAUUGGAAUAAGAUCCACAAAAAGGUCGACAAGGUGACUGACAAAGUUGAGGAAGCCGUUACCGGACAGGGACCAAGUUGGGCUGAUAAGGCCGAACGCUUCGUAGAUCGCAAGCUGAACCAAGCCGAAGACACACUAAAAAAGAAGACCAAGAAAGCCCAGAAAUGGUACACCAACCUGAUCGGGGACGACACCGGUUGCAAGAUCAACGAUCUGCAUAUAUUCGUAUGUGCCUUUGCAGCCGGUGUAGCUCUCGGUGUGGGCACUGCCUAAAAGCGUCAAUAGGGCUGGCAUCGGCAUUCGCCGAACCAAGCGGUCUUCACAAUCCAGCAAAACAUCAUCCCAAAACGAACAACACACCAACGUAACGUUUCGCUGUGCGCAUCACGGAGAACGAUGGUCAUCACAAGCGGAAGGCAGACAUGUGCUAACCAAAGUCAUCUCUAAUCAUUAUAAUCGGUUAUAGCGAAAAGACCUUGAAUUUUGGAACGAGACUUUAUUUGCUUAACGGUCACAUUUGAAUUGAACUAAGCUGUGAUUUUGAACACUGGAUGGAGAAUCUUUUCCUUUGGUUUCAUCUCAUUUACUCUAUAGAUAAGCGUUUUCAACUCGAGUCAUUAUGUUACCUCUUUCGUUCAAGUAAGCGCUAAUAAGUUCAAUUUUAGGAAUUAUUUGAAAAAUGGAAAGUACGCACAUGUUACACUAAUAUAGAGAUUAGCAUCGAUUUUGUUUUUUAAACACACAGCUGUAAUUUCUGACAUCAUAAAUCGCAAUCACAAGUACUUAUGCAUAUUAGGCACAGCAUAAAAGCAUUAAAGUUAUAGAUCAGUUUCCAGUGCCGUGUAGCCGAAGUCAGUCACAUUGUUUUCAUGCAUCUAGGUAUUCGCAAAAUACAAAGUGCUCGAGUUGAGAUUCAACAUCUCUGUAUGAACUAGUUUAAGCCAAAACUGUAUGUAUUUGUUUCGAAUUUAAGCAUCCUAUUUGUAAUAAAGUUUAAACAAUGAAACAUA